AUUUUCGUUUGUUUUUCAGAGGGUCGUGGAAAAUCCGUGAAAUCCAUCUUAGACAUUUUAAUCGCCUUUUUUUUAGUUCAUCUACAUGGGAUACAGCCAAGUCUCGACUUCUGAGGGAAUCUACCCCUCUGUUUUUGGACAAUCACAUUCCACCGUAUCGCGGAUCACGAGGCAGUGGACGGCAUUGCAAUGUGCCGAAGUCCAACAAAUGCUUGUCUACACGCGACCUCCAACACCUACUUGCGUCUCAUUUGCGCAACUGGAUUUAGGAAUCGAAGUGGAGGAAAUGGAUUGCCUUGAUGAAAACAUGGUUGAUACCAGCAUGUCUUCAUCGUCCAUCCGGAUGGAUGACGUUGGAACCGCGCGAGAAGCGCAAUUUGUUCCCCAAAAUGUGGUUCUAAUUGGUGGGCAACAUGGUAUUCAUGUUGUAACGCAUUCUGCGGAUUCGACGAUUAAUGUUGAUACUGUGGUAACAACGACCGCGUGGCAUCCAUGUGACCUCGUCACCUCGCGUAGUAACAGACCAUGCAAAACGAGCACGUUCUCAAGCGAUGAUGAUGUGAAACCAUGGAUGAUUCCCACAUCAGUCGUUAUAAAAGGCACAAUAUUCGAUUCCAUGGGGUACUCGAGACCAAACGGCAUGGAUUUUCCGCAGUCCCACGUACCACCCAAUACUGUGGUUUCCGACGAUUCCCGAACCCACGAUCCUCCGCAUCGAUACACUUCAAGGAAUCCUGCAUACCAAGGCCCAUCCGUUCGAAGGAAGGGCUCUUACGAGCAGUGAAAAUUUGGCUUUCAAGCCUUACCCAAACGUCCGAAUCCUCGGGAUGCGGUGCGGGUUUCUCAAUUAUUAUUUGCUUUUUUUAUUUAAUCUUUAUCUCUCGAGAUAUCGUGAUUUAAAUAAAGAACAGACCUUAGAACGGA